UCGACCAUCCUUCAUCCCUUUUCUUGUUUUAUUUUAUUGUUUUUAUAUACUCACAUUAAUCGCCAUGGUUGACGUUGCACAAGCACCCAAGGCCGGAGGUGGAUCGUUCAAAGAUAAAGACAAGCCAGUUGAGGUUCGGCUUAGCAACAUUAUUGCUGCCAAGGCUGUCAGCGAUGCUGUCCGUACCUCCUUGGGGCCCAAAGGCAUGGAUAAGAUGAUCAAGACUAGCAAUGGUGAGGUUAUCAUCACCAAUGAUGGGGCUACCAUCUUGAAACAUAUGGCUGUUCUCCACCCAGCUGCUAAGAUGUUGGUUGACUUAUCUGCUGCUCAGGAUGUUGAAGCUGGAGAUGGCACUACAUCAGUCGUUGUUUUAGCAGGAUCACUGCUUGGGGCUGCCCAAAAGAUGCUCAACAAGGGCAUCCACCCUACCACCAUCGCAGAGUCAUUUCAGAAAGCUUCGCACAAGGCAAAUGAAUUUUUGACUGGGGUGGCUACAAAACUUGAUCUUUCUGAUCGUGAGUCUCUUCUCAAGAGCGCCAGCACUUCGCUUAACUCCAAGAUCGUCUCUCAAUAUUCAGGAUUGUUUGCACCUAUUGCUGUCGACGCUGUCCUGAGGGUCAUUGAACCUUCCACUGCCACCAAUGUAGAUUUGAAAGAUAUCCGUAUUGUAAAGAAGGUGGGAGGAACCAUCGAUGACACUGAGCUGGUUGAUGGCUUGGUUUUGGCUCAGAAUGUUGUCAAGUCUGCUGGAGGUCCUACUAGAAUUGAAAAGGCCAAGAUUGGUUUGAUUCAGUUCCAGCUUUCCCCUCCGAAGCCCGAUAUGGAGAACCAAAUCAUUGUUAAUGAUUACCGUCAAAUGGACAAGAUUUUAAAGGAAGAGCGUCAAUACUUACUCAAUAUGGUCAAGAAGAUUAAGAAAGCUGGAUGCAAUGUCCUUCUUAUUCAAAAGUCUAUCCUCCGUGAUGCGGUCAACGAUCUCUCGCUUCACUUUUUGGCCAAACUAAAGAUCAUGGUCGUCAAGGACAUAGAACGAGACGAGAUCGAGUUCAUUUGCAAGAGUACAGGAUGUAAGCCCAUUGCGGACAUUGAUUCAUUCACAGAAGAUAAGCUUGGUUAUGCUGAUUUAAUUGACGAGGUCCAGGAUUCUGGAUCACGUGUGGUCAAGAUCACCGGCGUCAAGAAUGCAGGCAAGACAGUCUCGAUUCUUUGCCACGGAGCCAAUUCGCUUGUUUUGGAAGAGGCAGAGCGCUCGUUGCAUGACGCUCUAUGCGUCAUUCGAUGCUUGGUCAAGAAGAAGUACUUAAUUGCAGGAGGAGGUGCACCCGAGAUAGAGGUAUCGUUGAGGCUCCAAGAGUAUGCAAAGACGCUGCGUGGUAUGGAAGCACACUGCUUCCAGGCGUUUGCUGAAGCUUUGGAGGUCAUCCCCAUUACCUUGGCAGAGAAUGCUGGUCUGAAUCCCAUUGCCAUCGUCACAGAAUUGCGCAACCGCCACGCUCAGGGAGAGACCACUGCAGGAAUCAACGUCCGAAAGGGAGCUAUCACAAAUAUCUUGGAUGAAAAUGUCAUUCAGCCUUUGCUCGUUUCCACAAGCGCUAUCGAGUUAGCUGCCGAGACUGUCAAGAUGUUGCUCAAGAUUGAUGAUUUGGUUCAAACACGAUAAAUAGGCCUUCAUUAUACUUUUUUCUGUUCAUGCUUUCCUUUCUGCUGUUGAGUUAAAUUUUCAUCAUAAACAAAAACAAAAAGAACAAAAACAAC